CGCCGCCUCCCACGCCUUCUUCAUCCUCGCUCACUUUUCAAUCUUCCAGCAACUGGAUCAACUCAACACUAAUACCAUGUCGGCAACUACCGUGUGCGUGACGGGCGGCUCGGGCUUCCUCGGCUCAUAUGUCGUCAAGCUCCUCCUCGAGAAGGGCUACCGCGUCAACACGACCGUGCGCGACGUCAACGACGCCAAGAAGGUCGCCCAUCUCCUCGCGCUGCCCGGCGCCGCCGAACGUCUCGAGCUUUUCCAAGCCGACCUCCUCGAGGAAGGGUCGUAUGACAAGGCGAUCGAAGGCUGCGCGGGCGUCUUCCACACGGCGUCGCCCUUCUUUUUGGCCAACCAAACGCACGAGUCGCUUGUUGUGCCGGCGCUCCAGGGCACGCGCAAUGUCCUCGACACGUGUGCGCGUCACCCUAGUGUCCGUCGCGUCAUUGUGACAUCGUCGACAGCGUCGGUGUACGUGCAUCUCGGCACCAAGCCCGCCGACCAAAUCUUUACCGAGGCCGACUGGAGCAACGUCGAGGGCAUGGAGGCUCGUGGUAUGUGGUACUGCGUGAGCAAGACUUUGGCCGAGCGCGCCGCCUUGGACUACCCUAAGGAGCACUCUGUGGCGUUUGAAGUCGUCACCAUGUGCCCGACCAUGAUCUUUGGCCCGAUGCUGCAGCCCGUCUUGAAUGAAAGCAGCCAAGUGGUCUAUAACCUGCUCACGGGCGUGACCAAGGAAGUACCCAACAACGCGCGGGCGGUCGUUGACGUUCGCGAUGUCGCGGCGGCACACAUUGCCGGAUUUGAAGUCGCGGCGGCCAGUGGGCGCUAUAUUCUUGUGGCAGAAACCACCGACGACUUUGAGAUCCGCGACGCGAUCGUCAAGGCCGCACCGAGCGCGCUAAACGUGCCUACAACCGCGCCACCCGCGGUCCGUGCGGCGCGCACGGCGGUGGAUAUGGCCAAGGCCACGAAGGAGCUCGGUAUUUCGUUCCGGCCCCUGGACGAAAUGGUCCAAAGCACGUGCGACAGCUUGCAGCAGCAUGGGUUUGUGCGGUUUUAAGUGACCAUCUCCAAUGUACAUCGUCGUACAUCUUGAGUACUUCACCG